GCGAUCGGCAACAAUGUUUACGUUCCGGGGAUUAUGACGUCGCCGCCCUCCUCCUCCCCCCCUCCCCAGUGAAAAUGGUUUCCUAGGACUUUGCAAAACGGAUCUCCCCAAAGUGUUGGUGCAAAAAACUUUGUAGAUCUCGGCUGGGGCUUUUUUUUUUUUUUGGCUUCUUUUUCUUUCAGAUUCUGUUUUUGUUUUGUUUCCUUCGGUCCUUCUUCCUUCCCCCUCGGGGCCAAAAUGCAGGGGGCAGGAGUGUUGCCAAUUAAUUGGUGAACUCUCCCAAAAAAAUGGAGGCAGAGAAAGGCUCUGGACGAAGAUUGCGUUCGAUCAACCGGCAGGGAUAUGACGAGAACGAAGAUUCGUCGGACGUGGAGGAGAUUGUAAGCGUCCGGGGUUUCAGCCUGGAGGAGAAACUACGCAGCCACCACUACCAGGGGGACUUCGUACGUGCCAUGGACGGGAAAGAUUUCAACUUUGAGUACGUACAAAGAGAAGCCCUCAGAGUGCCUUUGGUCUUCCAAAAUCCCGAUGGACUAGGAAUUAAGAUGCCUGACCCCGAUUUUACCGUCCGAGACGUGAAGCUCCUAGUGGGGAGCCGGCGACUGGUGGAUGUGAUGGAUGUCAACAGCCAGAAGGGCACAGAGAUGAGUAUGUCCCAGUUCGUGCGCUACUAUGAGAUGCCUGAAAGCCAGCGGGAGAAAUUAUACAAUGUCAUCAGCCUCGAGUUCAGCCACACCAAGCUGGAGAACCUGGUCAAGCGGCCCAAUGUGAUCGACUUGGUGGACUGGGUAGACAACAUGUGGCCCCAGCACCUGAAAGAGAAGCAGACGGAGUCUACCAAUCUCAUUGCAGAGAUGAAGUACCCCAAGGUUAAGAAGUAUUGUCUGAUGAGCGUCAAAGGCUGCUUCACGGACUUCCACAUUGAUUUUGGAGGGACAUCCGUCUGGUACCACGUCUUCCGGGGCAAGAAGAUCUUCUGGCUGAUUCCCCCCACCUUGCAUAACUUGGAACUCUAUGAAGAGUGGGUACUCUCAGGAAAACAGAGCGACAUCUUCCUGGGAGACCGAGUCGAGCAAUGCCAAAGAAUUGAGCUGACACAGGGCUACACGUUUUUUAUUCCCUCGGGCUGGAUCCAUGCCGUGUACACGCCGGUAGACUCCCUGGUGUUUGGCGGAAAUAUCCUGCAUAGCUUUAAUGUGCCCAUGCAGCUGCGCAUCCAUGAGAUAGAGGACAGGACUCGGGUCCAGGCCAAAUUCCGGUACCCUUUCUACUAUGAGAUGUGUUGGUAUGUUUUGGAGCGAUACGUACACUGCGUGACCCAGCGUUCCCACCUCACUCAGGAGUACCGGCGAGAAUCAAUGCUCAUUGAUGCCUCGAGAAAACCCAGUGUAGACGGCUUCUCAUCUGAUUCCUGGCUGGAGAUGGAUGACGAAUCCUGUGAGCUGCACCCCCAGGAGGAGGAGAAGGAAAAGAAAGAGGAGGAGAAAGAGAAGGAAGAGAAGGAGAAGGAAGAGAAGGAGAAGGAAGAGAAGGAGAAGGAGAAGGAAGAGGAGAAGGAAGAGAGCGUGGAUAAGGCACCCAAGCCCUUGGCUCCACUGGCCCUGCCUGUCCCACCCCUCCCGCCUGUCCCCCCUGUCCUGCCUUUCCUGCCCCCCAAUGCCACCGCCUCUCCUACCAGCACCCCCUUGGAGGGCCAGGAGGCCGCCAUGAAAAAACCCAAAGCCACCGCCAUGCGGUACCUCAAAAGAACUUUGUCCAAUGAGUCAGAUGAGAGCGUCAAGUCUGCCAUGACCACAGACUAUCCCAAAACCCCCACGGGCUCCCCUGCCACGGAAGUCUCCACCAAGUGGACUCACCUCACGGAGUUUGAACUGAAGGGCCUGAAAGCCCUGGUCGAGAAACUUGAAUCCCUUCCAGAGAACAAGAAGUGUGUCCCUGAGGGCAUUGAGGAUCCCCAGGCCCUCCUGGAGGACAUGAAGACUGUCCUGAAGGAGCAUGCUGAUGAUGAUCAAAGCCUGGCAAUCACUGGCGUGCCUGUGGUCACGUGGCCCAAGAAGACAGCAAAGAACCGGGCAGUAGGUCGGCCCAAGGGGAAGCUGGGUCCAGCCUCAGCCGUGAAAUUGGCCGCCAAUCGGACGACGGCAGGGGCGCGCCGGCGACGGACGAGAUGCCGCAAGUGCGAGGCCUGCCUGAGGACCGAGUGUGGCGAGUGUCACUUCUGCAAGGACAUGAAGAAGUUUGGGGGGCCUGGGCGGAUGAAGCAGUCCUGCAUCAUGAGACAGUGCAUUGCGCCAGUGCUGCCCCACACUGCCGUGUGUCUGGUGUGUGGAGAGGCAGGGAAGGAGGACACGGUGGAGGAGGAAGAAGGCAAGUUUAACCUCAUGCUUAUGGAGUGUUCCAUUUGCAACGAAAUCAUCCACCCUGGAUGCCUUAAGGUGAAGGAGUCGGAUGGUGUGGUCAAUGAUGAGCUUCCUAACUGCUGGGAAUGUCCAAAGUGCAAUCACGCUGGCAAGACCGGGAAACAAAAGCGCGGCCCCGGGUUCAAGUAUGCCUCGAACCUGCCUGGCUCGCUGCUGAAGGAGCAGAAGAUGAACCGGGACAACAAGGAGGGGCUGGACUCGGCCAAACGGAGAGGAGAGUGUGAGGAGGCUGCCCGGCGGAAGUCAGAAGAGCAUGCCAAGAAGGUGCCCGCUGACACCAUCCUUCGCAGAAAGUCCGAUGAAGUUCACCUGAGGCGGAAGCGGAAGUUUGAGAAGCCCCAGGAGUUAAACACUCGGAAGCGGCUAAAACUGGGCAAGGAGGAGAAACUCUUCAGGAAAAAGCGACGAUCCUGGAAGAACGCCGAGGACCGGGCGGGGCUGACCGCCAAGCCCCCUCGGCGCUUCAAGCAGGAACCUGAGGAAGACCUGCCCGAGGCGCCCCCCAAGAACAAGGAGAGUGACCAGUCCAGGUCCAGUUCUCCCACAGCAGGGCCGAGCACUGAGAGCGCUGAGGGCCUCGACAAGAAGAUGAAGGUCCGCCGGAAGCGACGGCUCCCCAACAAGGAGCUGAGCAAGGAGCUGAGCAAGGAACUGAACCAAGAGAUCCAGAAGACUGAGAACAGCCUCGCCAACGAGAACCACCAGCCCAUUAAGUCAGAGCCGGAGAGCGAGAACGAGGAGCCCAAGCGCAUGCUGGGAGGGGGAGAGCGGCCCCCCCGCUUCAGCAAGGGCCUCAAUGGGGCCCCCCGCGAGCCGCGGCAUCCACUCGUGCCCAGCCUACGCAGCCCCCCCCGCAUACCGGCACGGCCCCCGCCGUCCUUGUCCCCACCCAAGUGCAUCCAGAUGGAGCGGCACGUCAUCCGCCCGCCGCCCAUCAGCCCCCCGCCAGACUCGCUGCCCCUGGAUGACGGCGCCGCCCACGUCAUGCAGCGGGAAGUGUGGAUGGCCGUGUUCAGCUACCUCAGCCACAGUGACCUCUGUGUCUGCAUGCGGGUCUGCAAGACCUGGAACCGCUGGUGCUGUGAUAAGCGGUUAUGGACCAAAAUUGACCUGAACCACUGCAAAUCCAUCACCCCGCUGAUGCUCAGCGGCAUCAUCCGCCGACAGCCCGUGACCCUGGACCUCAGCUGGACCAACAUUUCUAAGAAGCAACUCAGCUGGCUCAUCAACAGGCUGCCUGGGCUCCGGGACCUGCUCUUGUCUGGCUGCUCCUGGAUUGCGGUCUCUGCCCUGUGCAGUUCCAGCUGUCCUCUGCUGCGAACACUGGACGUGCAGUGGGUGGAAGGACUCAGGGACGCCCAGAUGCGGGACCUCUUGUCCCCCCCCACAGACAACCGGCCAGGCCAGAUUGACAACAGGAGUAAGCUCCGUAACAUUGUAGAACUGCGCCUAGCUGGUCUGGACAUCACCGAUGCUUCCCUGCGGCUCAUCAUCCGCCACAUGCCCCUGCUCUCCAAACUGCACCUCAGUUACUGUAACCAUGUCACUGACCAGUCCAUCAACCUGCUCACAGCAGUAGGGACGACUACCAGGGAUUCCUUAACGGAAAUUAACUUAUCAGACUGCAAUAAGGUUACUGACCAGUGCCUGUCCUUCUUUAAACGUUGUGGAAAUAUCUGUCAGAUUGACCUAAGGUACUGUAAACAGGUGACCAAGGAAGGCUGUGAGCAGUUCAUAGCCGAGAUGUCAGUGAGUGUCCAGUUUGGGCAAGUGGAAGAAAAACUCCUACAGAAACUGAGUUAGUCCAAGGACAGGUGUGUAAAUAGUGGACUGGGGAGGGGGGGAGCAAAGGGGGAAAUGACUUUCAUUUCCAAAUACAGGGGGUUUUAUUUUACACUUGGAACUUUGACUCGCAGAGGAGAGUAAAGAUCCCAUUUGACAAGCCCUGCCUAUUGAUCGAUCCCAGAAAGGACCGAGUUCACCUCCCACGUUGUGAAAGCCCAGCGCACGGUCGGGGCACUCUGCACCCCCUGGCUUUUGUGAGAUUCCUAAGAGACAUUCACAGCUGGGGCGUGGGGGAUGGGGUUGGGGGGGAGGGAAGGAUGGACUGUCAAGAUAUUAUUUAAAGUACCAGAGCAUGAGCUUGGAAGUGUACAUUUUUUUAAUUUCUGCUCCUCUGUUUCCCGUGGUGACCCCCCCCCCUCCCCCUGCCAAGUUUUUAGUAUCUUUCCAAUGGACCACAAGCUGCAUUUCUGCCGCCUCAACCCAUCCUUUGUUUUGUUUUUGUUACAUGAGACAUGAUGCAGAACUAUUUUUGUAUAAAUUGUUUAAAGGUUAUUUAUGCAACAUUUGAAUGCACACCAGUGUUGUUUUUCGUUUUUGAUUUUGGUUUGGGAUUGCCAACAUUUAUGGUUUACUUAAUUAAGGUAGGAGAGAACUUAACCUCAACUUCAUAGAUACAAAUAAUCCUUCAGCAAAUGUGCCCAGGUCUGGCCAAGCAGGCUCACACUUUCAAUUUAAGCAUGUUUGAAUGGGAGUUUAUAUCCUGCUUGUAUCCUUCAGAAGUGACAUAAGCAUGUUGUGGAAAAAUGGUGUCAAUCAUAGUUGAAGACAUUUGGCCAAGUUUUCUCUGUAUAGAAUUCACCUUUUUUCCUCAAAAUUUUCCAAUUCCAAUUUCAGCUUUUGCACAUAGGAGGUUUUUGCUCCAGCAUGAGCUCUUGUUACUCUCUAGACCUAAGUUAUACAGUGAGUCAAGCCGUAGAAUAAAUGGUCAAACAUAGUCUCUCUUUUCUCUUUUCCUUUGCAGUGUGAGUUGAGUUCUCGGUUCAGGUUUUCUGCCAUUAUUUUUUUCCUUAUUGUACGAUUAUGCAUUCAUAAGUGCCAUUGUUGUAAGGUGGUGUUUUCAUAGCCCUUCCCAAUGAAGUUUUACCUUUGUUGAAUUUGUAUAAACAGUUGUACAAAAGACACCACCACGAGCCUUUGAGGGUUUCUGUUCUAGGAGGUGGGAAGAAUUGGUUUGGAAGGCAAACCCAUCUUGACCAUGUAACAGGAGAGCAAGCACCACGGGGAAUGGGAAUGCCCUCUAGCUGCUAGUAACCCAGAUGACUCUCCUGGGUUUUGAGCUGGAAGAUACCAGGUCAUCUUGGCAAGGAGGCCGAGUGGACUUGUCCAGGGUCCUCAUCUGUAAGGGAGCCAAAUGUCUACUUGAACGUUCUUUUCACUUUUUCUUGUUGGUUUUUCUUCAGGAAGUCUCAAAUUGAAUUUCUGGCUUUGCUAGAGAAUGGGGACGGGAAAUCUCCAACAUAGUUCAGGUAGAACAAGUCUCCUCAGGAUGACUAGCAGGGUUUUGAGAAAAACACAUCGUACACAUUUGGGUAGCUCGGGUCGCUGCCCUUCAGGGUAUCAGUCAGUUCACUCCGGAACUUUGCCUCUGUUGCCAGAGGUAGGAGGGCAUUUGGAAAGAGUGCUGAAUUACUUUAGGAGACCUGGGUCUCCAUUAUCUGCGAGGCCUGUGACAUACACAAGCCAUUCUCUCAGCCUCAGUAUCAUCAUGAGGAAAGUGAGCAUGGGGUGCAUGGGAGUUGUUUCCAUCAAAGCCAUUUCCUAUACCCUGCCUCACCACAGGGUUCAGCCUGUCCACGUGGGGAGCAUUCUCUUUGUAUAAUAAGAGGCUUAGAUUAAGUCAUGUCAGUCAUGGAGAGCUUCCUCUGUCCGUAGCAGAUAACAAAGUUGAGGCCCUGCUGGUAAGCUCAUAAAAUCAAGCCUCUUGUCAUCUGCAGAGGUGAAUUUCAGAGUUUGGGAAGACCUUGUCGCUUAGGCCACCAUCUCUCCUCCCUUCAGUAGCAGCCUUCAGAAUUCUUUGUACCAUGUAACUAACGAGUGAGCACCUAACCUUUGUUUAAAGCUCUCCGGUAAAAAAGAGGAUCCACUCCCUCCAGAGGCUCCCUAUCACUUUUGAACAGUUCUAGUCACUAAAAAGGUUUUGCUUAAAUUGGCCCUUUCGUAACCCCCACCUGCUUCUCAUUUUGCCAUCUGGGGUCAAACAGAACAAAUCUAAUCUCUCUUCCAUAUGACAGCCCUCCGGAUUCUGGAAGGCCAAUCUGUGCACCCCCAGAGGGUCAGCAUUUCUACUUCUGAUGCCGCCUGAUCUCGCUCUCCACCUCACUGAUGUCUUUUCUAAAAUGGGAUUCCUAGAACUGAACACAGUAUUGCAGACGUGGUCUGACCCGUUACUGCAGGACUUGGAUACUGUGCUUCUCAAUGUAGUCAUAGCACACUGUGGAAUCUGUUAGCUUUCAAGGCUGCUAAAAGCUCCAGAUCUUUCAGAUGAAGAGUUGUCUAGCAACUCCUAUCAUGUAUCUAAGUUGAAUGACUCCUAUUUGUUCCUAUUAAAAAUGUACUUUCUAUUCAGCCCAAUAGCCAGUCUGGAUCUUUGUCUUUGACUUUUUUUGGUCUAGCCAUUUCUCCUAGCUUUGUGUCACUAGCAAAAUCAAUAAGCAUGUUAACUAUCUAAGCCCUCCUCUAAGUAGCCAUUGAGAAAAUAAAAACCAGCCAAGUGUUGCUCCUUGGGGUACUCAACUGCAGACUUCCUACAAGGCUGACGUGAAGCAGUUAGCUAGUUCUAAAUCUACAUCUGUACCUCUUCAAAUGCUCUCUAGAUCUGGACUGCCAUCCUCCAGUGAUUCUCAGUAGAACCCUGCCUUGUACUGCUUCCCCAGUCCUCCUAUGGGACCCUGUUACUGCUGUGCCAACAUGGGUCUCAGUGGUCACUUUUUUUGAGAGAAAUGUUGACUAGUCCUCCCUUUAACGUCAUCUAGAGUUUUGCCCAGAACAAAUUUGUUCUGGCCUGUGCCUUCAGAAUUCCUUGCCCUGUAGAUUUUUAGGCCUGUCAUUUUUUAAUCUUUCCAACUGCUUAUUAGAUUAAGGCUUCCCAAAGCAUCUUUUGCCAUAGAGUCAGAGGAGGGGAGGCAUGAUCUAGGACUUCCAUCUUGGACACAGGCCACCCCAAAAUC